AUUCAUUAUCCCAGAAUCCUCUGCUGCAGAAGAGACGGGGUAGAGGCGUCUGCCAGGAGAGGCUGCAGCAUCAUCAUCCGGACACACGGACACAUCCAGGAGGGAGCAGGGUGUGCUGUAGACAGUUGCCUGCCUGGACUAUCCAAACCCCAUCACCCCCCCAGACACAAUCAAAAUGCUGGACACAGUAAACAGCCAGUACAACUCCUUCCUCUUCUGGAAGCUUCCCAUCCCGGCCUUAGACCUGUCUGAGCUCGAGUGCCUCGGUUUGGAGGACAUCAGCAAAAGCGCCAAGGACCAGCCGCAGAAGGUGGACGACCCCAUGGCCGAGUACAGCGCCUUCAACUUUUGGCGGGAGCCCAUCGCCAACAUCGACGGCUUUGAUUUUGACUUAAUGUAAAAAAAAAAAAAAUCCAAUCACGCGCUUUUGCCGCGAUCCCCCUGCCUUUCAUACGCCGCUAGCAAAUCAUAUUUAUUUAUUGGUUGAUCCAUUUAUUUAUUGAUUUAUUUAUUGGUUUAUUUAUUGAUUUUAAGGCCCUGGUGGUUUUAUGAUGAAUGUGUUUAUUUGAAAAGGGAAAAUCUUUAAAGUUUAAAGCAUUUAUUUAAUUUGACUCAUUUGCUGGUAGCCCAAAAAAAAGUAAAUAUUGCCUAGGCCGACCUCACUCCAUUGCAAAAACCGAAAACCUGGGAUUUGGGUUACGGGGUGAAUGCUGAAGUACUGCCCAGAUGGCUUUUCUGGUCAGCUGUCUACGUUUUUCUGCAGCAGUAGAAGUGAGAUUGCUUUUUAUGACUUGACAGUGAACCUCAUAGGGAGAUAAAAAGCCGGGAAACGGUUCUGUCCACUCAUAACUGGAAUACGAGGUUUAGGAGGACUACUGGGUUAGAAGGAUCUUCUAACAACCCAACAGAAAAAGGGGAAAUUUUAAUAAAUGUAAGAUAAUGGCAGCCAAUGGAGUGGGUGAGGGUUAGAACCUUUGUCAUGAUUUAAAUUCUAUCUGUGUCCGAAAAGGGGAGAUUUGUCUUCACUUCCUGUCCUGACAACCAAGAAAAUAAAAUGCCAGUGAGCGCGGAUCUUUGGAAAGUUGACGGAUGUUCUAACCCUUUAAUUUCGGCUGGGGUUGGCCUUUAAGGGGAGGUCACAUCACAAGUUUGGGGUCUCACCAAAGUUUUUGGGUCUUCAUGCACUUCUGCCAUCUGGUCACUGGACACAAUUUGCACUGCCACAAAUAAAAUGUCUUGUCUCUGACUGCAA